CUUUCAUAGCAGCCAACACGACACACACAGGCAACACAAAGAGCCGCGAGAAGGGACCCAGCCCAGGAAGGAACCACUGCAACCGAGCCCCGAACAGUAACAGAAAGUACCAGCACCGAGCCUGAACCAUGCCCGCCACAGAGAAGGACCUGGCCGAGGACGCGCCGUGGAAGAAGAUCCAACAGAACACGUUCACGCGCUGGAUCAACGAACACCUGAAAUGCGUGAACAAGCGCGUGGCCGACCUGCAGCUGGACCUCGGCGACGGACUACGGCUCGUGGCUCUGCUCGAGGUCCUGAGCCAAAAGAAAAUGUACCGCAAAUACCACUCGCGCCCCACAUUCAGGCAGAUGAAGCUGGAGAACGUGUCCGUGGCGCUGGAGUUUCUGGAGCGCGAGAAUAUCAAGCUGGUGUCGAUAGACUCAAAGGCCAUUGUGGAUGGGAACCUGAAGCUGAUCCUGGGUUUGGUCUGGACCCUGAUCCUGCACUACUCCAUUUCUAUGCCCGUGUGGGAGGGAGAGGAGGAGUCUGAGUCCAAGACACCGAAGCAGCGUCUUUUGGGCUGGAUUCAGAACAAAGUGCCGGACCUGCCCAUCACCAACUUCAGCCAGGACUGGAGAGACGGCAAGGCUCUGGGAGCUCUGGUCGACAGCUGUGCUCCAGGCCUGUGUCCGGACUGGGAGACCUGGGACUGUGUGAAACCAGUGGAGAAUGCCACAGAGGCCAUGCAGCUGGCUGACGACUGGCUUGGCAUCCCCCAGGUGAUCGCUCCAGAGGAGAUCAUCGACCCGAGUGUAGAUGAACAGUCCGUGAUGACGUACCUGUCCCAGUUUCCAAAAGCCAAACUCAAACCUGGAGCACCUCUCAAACCCAAACUCAACCCCAAGAAGGCACGCGCUUAUGGGCCAGGUAUUGAGCCGACUGGAAACAGAGUGCUGCGCCCUGCGGUAUUCACUGUGGAUACAUUCAGUGCGGGGCAAGGUCAUGUGACUGUGUACCUCGACCAACCAGACGGCACCAGGGAAGAGCUGAAGCCAGAGCUGAACGAAGGGAAGAAAACCUACACAGUCACUUACAUCCCUCAGGUCAUGGGCACGCACAAGGUGACGGUGCUCUUCGCUGGGCAGCAGAUCCCGAAGAGUCCCUUUGAGGUAAGCGUAGACAAGGCUCUGGGCGACGCCUCCAAAGUGACAGUGAAGGGGCAGGGAAUUGAGCCAGUGGGGAACAUUGCCAACAGACCCACGUACUUCGACAUCUAUACAGCAGGUGCAGGGACAGGAGAUGUGACUGUGAUGGUGCGUGACCCUCUGGGCCGGCAGAACAGUGUGGAGCUGAUGAUGGAGGACAGGGGAGACUGUGUGUACCGCUGCACCUACAAACCCACCCAGUCAGGCAUGCACUCCCUAUCUGUCACCUUUGGGGGUGCUGCAGUGCCUAAGAGCCCCUUCAAUGUCGACAUAGCUCCAGCCUGUGUCCCCGGGGCGUGCAGAGCGAGCGGACGGGGGCUGCAGCCUUCAGGACUCAGAGUGAAUCAAAUCGGAGACAUUAAAGUGGACACAAAGAAUGCCGGCAGUGGAGAGCUCAAAAUUACCAUCAAAGGACCAAAGGGUGUAGAGGAGCCAGUGAAGCUGCUCUCCUCUCAGGACGGAGUGUACUUUUAUGAAUAUGACCCAAAAACUACAGGAAAACACAGCAUCAGCAUCACAUGGGGAGGACAGCACAUCCCCAAGAGUCCAUUUGAGGUGUCGGUGGGGCCCCAGGCAGGUCCUCAGCAGAUCAGAGCCUAUGGUCCUGGUCUGGAGGGAGGGAUCGUGGGAAAACCAGCUGCUUUUGUGGUGGAGUCCAUCGGCACUGACGUGGGAGUCCUAGGUUUUGCAAUCGAGGGCCCAUCCCAGGCUAAGAUUGAGUGUGAAGACCAGAACGAUGGGUCAUGUGAUGUGCGGUACUGGCCCACGGAGCCUGGAGAAUACGCCAUCCACGUGACCUGUGAUGAGGAGGACAUUGAGCUCAGUCCAUUUAUGGCCUACAUUACUCCAGACAACCACAACAGCUACCCAGAGAAGGUCCAAGCGUAUGGUCCUGGUUUGGAGAAGUCUGGGUGUCUGAUAAACAAACUGUCAGAGUUCACUGUAAACACUAAAGAUGCAGGAAAAGGACCGCUCAAAAUCAUUUCUCAGGAUGCUGAGGGUGAACCGGUGGACGUGAAGGUUGUAUCUAAAGGAGACGGCCUCUACUCCUGCUCCUACACUCCUUCUGCAGCUCUAAAACAUACGGUCUGUGUGUCCUGGGCAGGAGUAAGCGUCCCCAACAGCCCAUUCAGGGUGUCUGUGGGCAAAGGGAGCCACCCGAACAAUGUGCGGGUGUCUGGACCCGGAGUGGAGCGGACCGGACUCAAAGCCAAUGAGCCUACCCACUUCACAGUGGACUGCUCUGGGGCAGGGGACGGUGACGUGAGUGUGGGGAUAAAGUGUGAUGCGAACAUGGUGGGAGAUAAAGAAGCCGAUGUGGAUUUUGACAUUAUCCCAAACCCAAAUGACACCUUCACUGUGAAAUAUGUCCCCCCUGCAGCCGGAUGCCUCACCGUGAAAGUCUUGUUUACAGAUAAGGAAGUGCCUCAGAGCCCGUUCAUUGUCAAAGUGGAUCCUUGCCAUGAUGCAUCAAGAGUUAAAGCUGAAGGACCUGGAAUCUCUCGAACAGGAGUGGAGAGUGGGAAGCCGACUCACUUCACUGUAAUGACUAAAGGAGCAGGAAAGGCUCCUCUGGACGUGUCCUUUUCGACUCCGGUGAAAGACUUUGAGAUCAUCGAUAACUACGACUACUCCCAGACUGUCAAGUUCACUCCAGUCAACCAGGGAGAGAUGUUGGUGGAUGUAACGUUUGGAGGUGACCCCAUCUCCAGAAGCCCCUUCACUGUGGGCGUGGCUGCUCCUCUGGACCUCAGCAGGAUCACCGUGGACAACCUCAGCGGACGAGUGGAGGUGGGUCAGGAGCAGGAGUUUACCAUUGACACUAAAGGUGCAGGAGGACAAGGUCAGCUGGAGGUGGCACUGGUGAGCCCGAACCAGAAGACAAAGCAGUGCAGGUUGGAGCCUGUGUCUGCAGACCUCCAGAGGGUCCAGUUCACUCCCAGAGAAGAGGGGCUCUAUUCAGUGAAUGUGACCUAUGAUGGACACCCCGUCCCAGGCAGCCCCUUCCCCAUGGAGGCCCAGCUGCCCCCAGACCCCAGCAAGGUGAAGGUGUCUGGUCCUGGCCUGAAGGAAGGGCUGGUGGGCUCUCAUGCUCACUUCUCCAUUGACACAAACGCGGCUGGGACCGGAGCUCUGGGGCUGACUGUGGAGGGUCCGACCGAAGCCAACAUCGAAUGCUCAGACAAUGGGGAUGGCACCUGCUCCGUGUCCUACCUGCCCACAGAGCCCGGAGAGUACCUGAUCAAUAUCCUGUUCGAGGGCGUGAACGUGCCUGGGUCUCCUUUCUCUGCGCAUGUGCACAGACCUUUCGACCCCACCAAAGUCCAGGCCUCAGGGACUGGGCUCAAGAGAGCCAAGGUGGGAGAGGCAAGUGUGGUGAACGUGGACUGCUCCAAAGCAGGACCGGGUCAGCUGAUUCUAGAGGCCGAACCAGACCCCUCCUCUGCAGCAAAGGGAGCAGGUGGUAAAGUGAAGACAGAGGUGGUGGAUAAUUUGGAUGGGACAUACACAGCUACCUAUGUCCCGCUCACUGCUGGACUCUGCACUCUAAUGCUCAAAUAUGGGGGUCAGAUGGUCCCUGGAUUUCCUGCCAAAGUCUCAGUGGAUCCUGCGGUGGAUACGUCUAAAAUCAAGGCAUUUGGGCCCGGAGUUGAUGGACCAGAUGUGUACAGAGAGGCCACUACUUCCUUCACAGUGGAUGCGCAGCCUGUGAUUCGUCGAGGAGGAGAUCACGUGAGAGCCGAGGUCAGGAACCCAUCCGGAGCGCAGACCGAGACAGUCGUCACAGACAACAAGGACGGCACCUACAGUGUCGAGUACACGCCUUUUGAGAAUGGCAUGCACAGUGUUGAUGUGUUGUUCGAUGACACGCUGGUCCCCAACAGUCCGUUCAGUGUCUCUGUGUCUGAGGGCUGUGAUCCAACUCGAGUCCAGGCCUCUGGACCAGGUCUGGAGCAGGGUCUGACUGAUCAGACCAACCACUUCAACAUCAUCACCAGGGGGGCAGGUAUUGGAGGCCUAGGCAUCACAGUGGAAGGUCCGUCUGAGUCUAAAAUGUCCUGCAAAGACAACAAAGAUGGCAGCUGCAGCGUGGAGUACACCCCCUUCAGUCCUGGGGUUUACGACGUCAACAUCACCUAUGGAGGAGAGCAUAUACCAGGAAGUCCAUUCAAAGUCCCGGUAAAGGAUGUGGUGGAUCCCAGUAAAGUGAAGAUAUCUGGGCCGGGUGUUGGCUCAGGUGUACGGGCCGGUAUGCCACAAUCCUUCACUGUGGACUCCAGGAGGGCAGGGGAGGCGGAGCUAGCUGUGAGUGUGAAGGGACCCAAAGGAGUGGCUGAGGAAGUGGAGGUGAAAGAGAACCAGGACGGGACCCACACUGUGAAGUACACGCCCUCCACCGAAGGACUCUACACUGUGGGAAUUAAGUACAACCAGCAGGAUGCCCCCCGCAGUCCAUUUAAGGUGCGCGUUUUGCCGACUCAUGAUGCCAGUAAAGUCCGAGUGAGCGGUCCAGGUCUGACCAGCGGGAUCCCGGCCAGUUUCCCCGUGGAGUUCAACAUUGACGCCCAAGACGCAGGAGAGGGCCAGCUCAGUGUGCUCAUCACGGACCAGGAUGGGCGAUCGAAGCCAGUCAGUAUCCAUGACAACGGCGAUGGUACGUAUAGGGUUUCCUACACCCCUGAUCGGACGGGUCGGUAUACCAUCUCUGUGAGCUAUGGAGGAGACGCCAUUCCUGGGUCCCCUCACAGAGUCAGGGCCACGGCCACCGGUGAUGCCAGCCGCUGCACCGUCACAGGCUCAGGUGUGGGCCCCACAGUGGCCAUAGGAGAGGAGCUGGGUCUGUCUGUGAACGCAGCUGGAGCGGGUAAAGGGAAGGUGAGCUGUGUGGUGGUGCAGCCCGAUGGGACAGAGGUGGAGGCUGAGGUCAUCGAGAACCAGGAUGGGACGUUUGACAUCUUCUACACCGCUCCUGCUCCUGGGAACUACGUCAUCUAUGUGCGCUUCGGAGGAGAGAACAUCCCACACAGCCCCUUUAAAGUCAUGGCGACGGAGGUGGUUCCUGUGAAGCAGCAGCAGCAGCAGAUGUCUGCUAAGGCCGCUCCCCCUGGAGCCGGCUUUCAGCCUUGGGUGACGCCAGACGGCUAUGAUCCGAUGAGUAGCAGUGUAAAUGGCAGUGGGUUCAGACCAUUCGAUAUGGUCAUUCCCUUCUCCUUCAGGAAGGGAGAGAUCACAGGAGAGGUGCUGAUGCCAUCUGGUAAAAGCGCUCAGCCCCUUAUCACUGAUAACCUGGAUGGGACAGUCACAGUGCAGUACUCUCCCACUGAGGCCGGGCUCCACGAGAUGCACAUCAAGUACAAUGGGACACAUAUACCAGAGUCUCCUCUUCAGUUCUAUGUGAACCACAGCAGCUCUCCCUCAGUCACAGCCUACGGCCCUGGCCUGAGCUACGGAGUUGCCAACAAACCAGCCAACUUCACAGUCUACACUGAGGACGCCUCUGAAGGAGGUCUGGACUUGGCGAUUGAGGGCCCGUCGAAAGCGGAGAUCAGCUGUGUGGAUAACAAAGAUGGCACCUGCAGUGUGAGCUACCUGCCCACUCUGCCCGGAGAUUACAACAUCCUGGUCAAGUACAACGAGCAGCACAUCGCAGGCAGCCCCUUCACUGCCAGGAUCAUAGAGGACAGUCAGCGGCGCUCUCAGGUGAAGCUGGGCUCUGCUGCAGAUUUCUCAUUAGACAUAAAUGAAACAGACCUGAGUUUACUCACAGCCAGUAUCAAGUCUCCAUCAGGACGAGAUGAGCCCUGCCUGCUCAAGAGGAUGCCCAACAAUCACAUCGGCAUCUCAUUCAUCCCGAGGGAGGUGGGCGAACACGUGGUGAGUAUUCUGAAGAACGGGGUGCACGUGGCUAACAGCCCCAUCAGCAUCAGGGUGGUCCAGUCUGAGAUUGGAGACGCCAGCCGAGUUGUUGUCCAUGGAGACGGACUCACCCACGGGACCACCUUCAGCAACUGCAGCUUCAUCGUCGACACCAGGGAGGCAGGUUAUGGUGGUCUGGCCCUGUCCGUGGAGGGACCCAGUAAAGUGGACAUUCAGACAGAGGACAUGGAGGACGGGACGUGUGAGGUGUCCUACUGUCCCACUGAACCUGGAAACUACAUCGUGUCUAUACGAUUCGCCGAUCAGCACGUCCCAGGGAGCCCAUUCACAGUGCGAGUGGUGGGAGAGGGUCGCAUCAAAGAGAGCAUCAGUCGGAGACAAAGAGCCGCCUCUGUCACAUCUGUGGGCUCUGUGUGUGACCUCAGCAUCAAGAUCCCAGCUGUGGAUAUUCACGAGGUCACCGCAGAGGUCACAUCUCCAUCCGGCUCUCGGCAACCAGCGGAGCUUGUUGCUGUGGGAAACGACACUUACUGCGUGCGGUUUGUUCCCACGGAAAUGGGUGUGCAUGCCGUGAGUGUGAAGUACAGGGGCAUGCACGUUCCGGGGAGCCCCUUCCAGUUCACCGUGGGACCUCUGGGAGAGGGAGGGGCCCAGAAGGUGAAGGCUGGGGGUCCCGGGCUGGAGAGAGCAGAGGUUGGAGAGCCAGCGGAGUUCAGUAUCUGGACUCGGGAGGCUGGGGCGGGGGGCCUGUCCAUCGCGAUCGAGGGUCCGAGUCGAGCAGAGAUCUCCUUCGACGACAGAAAAGAUGGAUCUUGUGGAGUGGCCUACAUCGCACAGGAGCCUGGAGACUAUGAGAUCUCAGUGAAGUUUAACGAGCAGCACAUCCCAGACAGCCCCUUCCUGGUCCCUGUAGUUGCCCCAGUGACGGAUGCUCGACGGUUAACUGUUAGCGGUCUUCAGGAAUCUGGUUUGAAGGUGAACCAUCCAGCCUCAUUCGCAGUGCGUCUGAAUGGAGCCCAGGGGAAGAUGGAGGCUCAGGUCCACAGUCCAUCUGGAGCCCUAGACGAGUGUGUUGUCACAGAGCUCGAGAAAGAUAAGUAUGUGAUCCGGUUCAUUCCUCGAGAGAACGGCGUGCACUCAAUCGAUGUGAAGUUUAACGGAGCUCACAUCCCAGGAAGUCCUUUUAAAGUCAGGGUGGGCGAGCCUGGGCAGACUGGAGAGGCGGGGCUAGUAACAGCCUACGGAGCGGGACUAGAAAGGGGGACCACAGGAGUGCAGUCGGAGUUCAUCAUUAACAACAGCAGAGCCGGCCCCGGAGCUUUGAGCGUGAGCAUCGAGGGCCCGUCCAAAGUGAAACUGGACUGUGUGGAACUGCCUGAGGGGUACAAAGUGCACUACACGCCCAUGGCCCCUGGGAACUACUGCAUCAGUGUGAAGUACGGAGGGCCCAACCAUAUCCAGGGCAGCCCCUUCACUGCCAGAGUCAUAGGUCCUCGUCUGGUGAAUGUGACAAACGCCAGUGAAACUUCUACACUGACGAUGGACCCGGCUGUGCGCUCCUCCGGCAUCAGUCCUGCUCACAGUGUCCCCUCCUGGACCAGUGAGGCCGAUGCCAGUAAAGUCCUGAGCCGAGGGCCGGGUUUGAGUAAGGCUUUUGUGGGACAGAGGAGCAGCUUCAGUGUGGACUGCAGCAAAGCAGGAAAGAGCAUGUUGCUGGUGGGUGUGCACGGCCCCCAUGUCCCAUGUGAGGAGGUGGUGGUCAAACACAUGGGGAGGCUGCAGUACAACGUGGGCUACGUCCUGAAGGAGAGAGGGGACUACACCCUGGUAGUCAAAUGGGGUGACCAGCAUGUGCCUGGGUCACCCUUCCAUGUCGUCGUACCCUAAAAGCCCUACUUGCCCCAAAAGCCCCAAAAGUCCUAAAUCCCCUAAAUGCCCUAAAUGCCCUAAAUGCUCUAAAUACUCUAAAUGCCCUACAAGCCCCAAAUGCCCUAAAAACCUUGCCUGAGCAGCCAGUCCCUUCUACAUUUUGUUCAAAUCCAGAAGGGUCUGGAAUCAGAUCAUACAGUGUGAAAAACCUCUGUCCUAACUUGGGACAGUCCAACCACAACCGCUAAUUUGUAUCAUGUGUCUCUCAAAUGCGGAAGACGUCUCCUCUCAAAAUUUCUUGUAAUAUUCAGAUCAAAAUAUACAACUUUUUACUCGUAUUUUAAAAAGUUUUGUCAAUGUGUGUGGUUCUGGCUGGCUAACUAAAAAGUCUUAAAUGCCCUAAAAGCCUCAAACCCUGCCCCAAAUAUCACAGUCAUAACAAAAACACUAUUUAUUUUUGACAUUAGAAUGAAUACUUUAAGCAAUGUCUACAUAAUGCAUUUUAAAACUUCAAAAACAUCUCAAACUCAGCUAGAAUCCAUGACUCAUUCAAAGUGCUAGCCUAUACUGUAUCUUUAAAAAUCUGGCUACACAUUUGUUUUUAUGUAUUUCAUAGUGUCUGUAUUAUGUAUAGUUCAAACUAGCUCACAAUUGCAAUUUAAAGUAAAAAAGAAAAAAAAACAUCUGUCUAAAUUGUCUAAAAUUGGGAGUAUCACCAUGUUAGAACAUAUUAGUUUUUCUUAGCAGACCAUGACUUGGUCUUAAUGAGGGCUCUUCAUUUCCAUGUUUCUUUUGUUGUCUUCUAAAAUUGCAAAAUUAAAUGUUGAAAUGUUAAAUUAUGUUGUAAAUCUUCACCCCCACAUGCACACAUUAUGUCUUCACUUGGUGUAUUUACUUUUGACUUACACUCCGGUUUAUAAACCUUAAGUUUAAGUGCCAUAAAAACUAAACAAAAAAUGUCAAAAAUGAAUGUAGACUCUUAGACUCUUCAAUCUUGUGUAAAUAAUUUUGAAAUGUCCAAAAUAUCACAAUGUGCUGGAAAGUUGUGGGAGUUUUGUCCAUAACUAUAUUUUUAUACUUUAUGUAAGACUAAAACUGGAACUAAUUUGAUAUCUGGAACUGGAAGCUGGGUCUGCAAGAUUACAAUACCACAGAUUUUAGCAUUCAUUUAACAUCAGUCAAUUAAGCCCUGACACAAAAAAUAUAUUAAAUAUCAAUAUCACAUAAAAAAUAAGAAUAAUAAUAAGAUUUCAUUUUUGCAUUUCUUGGAUGCUUAUUUGUUGAUGCCACUCUGAGCAAAUCCAAAACUGUCUGUAGCAAUAUCUAAAUUUCCUCAAAAUUAUAUCUCAAAAUUUGUAAUAAUUUGUUUUUGAAGAAUAUUUUUGAAAAUUCAGUGAUCAGAUUUGGUGCCAUAUUUUUAAAAGUAUGGCUUGCUGUCAAACAAAAACUCAUCUAAUUUCUGAUUUAUAUUUUUUUAUAUUUUGAAAUCUCGCUGUAGCUUUUUCUACUACUGACAUAAUGAUUUCUGUUUAGUGCCUUUGAAGUGACUAGAAGCUGCUUUUCCAAUUGUCUUCUGCACUAUAUUGUGUUUUGUUGAUGUAUUUUUUCAUAAUGUGUAAGAAUGUGCAUUUGAGGUUUGGGCCAAGAAUAAAAACAAAACAUUUUCGAAAUUUGUAAAUCAUAAGUUUAUUUGAUAGGAAUAUUUGCAUGUUUUUAGCCAUCUUGAACUGUGUUGGUGCCAUAGCUGUUUGGCAAAAUUGGAUAAGAAAACACUGUAAGCAAGAAAUUGUAUCACGAGAACUGAAAUUGAAAAGCAACACCUUUUGGGUUGCACACUCACUUUUUUUCAAAAUCGAGAAAAAUGUGUUUUCAAACAAAUUAAUUCAAAUGUCUCUGUAAAAAUGUGGCCUAAAUCAGUCUUAAUCUUUAUUUUUUCCACUGUCAAAAGAAAUUGCACAAAUGUUUUGUUGUAAUGUAUCUUUUCAUUUGAAAUGUGUUCUUGUGCUAUAGUCUGGAGUCCUGUCCAUGUGUAUGUGAUCUGUAUCAGGCUGGUGAAUCAGUGCUGCUCUGAAAAAGGGAUUUUAUGUGACAGGAAACACUAACUGGAUGUACAUUUGGUAAAUAAAUGAUUAAAAUUGUAGU